UCAAAUCAACGCUUUUCAACCGAUUAUCACAGUACCAAACGUACCAACUAAAAAUUAAAUAAUACCAGUACCUUUUCUAUAUUUUAUUAUAUAAACAAGUCCAGAUCUUAUAGAUUUACGUUCGUCCAAGUACCUGAUUUUCAAUUUGGUUCUUGUGAAGCAAUUGCCAACAGCCAGCUUUAAUUACAGAUCGCUUUCAUCAAAUUUUCUCAGGUCACAUUUGAGAAGUGGAUUUUUGUUAUUGGUAGCAUUUGAGUUGGUGAAAUUGAUUUUAGCUUAGUUUAUUGGGUCAAUUCAUGUUUAGAGUUGUGAAAUUUCGAGUAAAAAAUCGCUUAUUCUUUUGAGCUGCUGUGUGUGGUUCGCUAGCUUUGGAUGACAACCUACAGCAAAAACCAAUCAUACUGUUGACAUUUUGGUUUAGUGAUUCACAAUAUAAGAGUACCUGAUUGAUUUGAGUUGGAGUAUGCUAGACGGUUCUUUUAAUAUUGAUAAAAAUUGAGAAGUUAAUUACAGUCCUAGUGGAAUUCAAGGUUCCAGAAAGACUGUUCUUUCUCAUGCUGGUGCAAGGACAGUGAGAAUAUUAAUGUUGAGCAUCAGUUAGAUAAUUCUGAUGCAACUGAGUUGCCUUUGGUUCAACCCAAGAUAGGAAAUGGGAAUGUAGAAGGCAGUGUAGUCUGUAGUGUGCAUUUGAAUGGUAGUCAUACAAUGGAUCAAGAAAUUAGUAUACACACCCAAGAUCAUGAAAUUAAUAUACAUACCACGGACCAUGAAGCCAAUAUACACAAUAGAGGAAAAGAAAAAGAGAAUUAUGUGCCUUUUAAUAUUGAAAAUGGGUCUUGUGGGGAGAUGCCUUUAAUGAGUGAUGAUAAUGCUGACUCUGUUGUCAAUCCUGAAAAGUUGCCGCCAAUGUCCAAGAGUCCUGUGUCUCCUGCCGAUGUGGUGAAGACUUUGUUUUUCAUUCUAGUUUGGUACACUUUCAGCACAUUUUUGACAUUGUACAAUAAAACUCUCUUAGGAGAUGAUUUGGGAAAAUUUCCAGCUCCAUUGCUGAUGAACACAGUUCAUUUUUCUAUGCAAGCUGUAUUAUCAAAGUUUAUCACAUGGUUUUGGUCUUAUAAAUUUCAAGUUGCGGUUAGCAUGACUUGGAAGGAUUAUUUUGCAAGAGUUGUACCAACAGCUCUUGGGACAGCAUUUGAUGUUAACCUGAGUAAUGCAUCUCUUGUUUUCAUCUCUGUUACAUUUGCAACAAUGUGUAAAUCUGCGGGUCCUAUAUUUCUCCUCCUAUUUGCUUUUGCAUUCAGGUUGGAGUCACCAAGCUUAAAACUUCUAGGUAUCAUGAUGGUAAUCUCUGUUGGAGUUUUAUUGACGGUGGCAAAGGAGACGGAAUUUGAAUUUUGGGGAUUUGUAUUUGUUAUGCUUGCUGCUGUUAUGUCUGGAUUUAGGUGGUGCAUGACUCAAAUUCUACUGCAGAAAGAAGACUAUGGUUUGAAAAAUCCUCUGACAUUGAUGAGCUAUGUGACACCAGUGAUGGCGGUGGUAACUGCGCUUCUUUCUCUUAUAUUUGAUCCAUGGCAUGAAUUUAAAAUGAGCAGUUAUUUUGAUAGUUCCUGGCACAUUGCCCGUAGCUGCCUGUUGAUGUUUUUUGGCGGAACACUUGCUUUUUUUAUGGUUCUGACAGAAUAUGUUCUUAUUUCAGUGACAAGUGCUGUCACAGUGACCAUAGCUGGUGUUGUCAAGGAGGCUGUCACCAUAUUGGUUGCAGUCUUUUACUUCCAUGACGAAUUUACAUGGUUGAAGGGUGUUGGGCUUCUUAUCAUUAUGGCGGGAGUCGGUUUAUUUAACUGGUACAAAUAUGACAAGCUACACAGUCAUCAAAUGGGCGAAGCCGACUUGGGUGGGUCAUCUCCGGUAAACGUUUCUGCAAAAUAUGUUAUACUAGAGGAGACGGAUGAUCAAGACGAUACUGGCUAGAGCUUUAAUAUUCACGAGGUUUGCUUGUUGGAGAGGGCUGUUUCAAGUGCUGCUGACAACUAUCUAUCCCAUAUCUCCAGUAUUGCUGGUUUCUUCAGUGCUUCUGUAAUUUCACUUUUCACUUUGUCGGAAUGAUCUUUGAUUAAGAAAUAUUUACGAUAUCAAAAGAGUUGAAAUUUAUUCUUCGACUUUUCAUUUCAUAAUUUGUAGCAGAAGAGUCGAAUUUUGUACUUAACUUUCUCAAGCUUUCGAGAGCACACAUUGUAUCUAGAUUCAGUUUUGUGGAUGCAUAAACUGAUACUUAAUUCAAUUUAUUUUUCUU